CGUCACUCCGGAGAUGCCAGAAAAACUGCAGAGAGGUUGAAAACUGAUGUCAUAAUUGUUGGGUUUUGUGGAGAUGGAGGAAAUGCCAUACAGUUCGCCUUCACUUGUAACAAAGAGAGUUGGUAUUCCGUCACUCCGGAGUUUAUCGCCAGAAAAACUGCAGACUGAUGUCAUAAUUGAUGGGUUUUGUGUAAUGGAGGAAAUGCCAUACAGUUCGCCUUCACUUGUAACAAAGGAGCUUCCUGUCCACGAUCUACUGCUGUUCUAAAAAAUUGCUGGAAAAAUUUGAAAGCAGAAGGGAGAAAUUUUGCAGCUGACGAGAGGCAAGCGAGAAUUAAGAGAGGUGGAGGUUUGAAGAAAUAUGUGGCUGUGGAUCCCAUUAUAUUUCGGGUCAUAGACCUGAUUCGUCCCACUGCAGUAGGGCUGAUCAAUCCAUAUGACACAGAUAGUGUACUUGGCAAUAGUAACUAUGAGCCAAAAUGAAGACAAUUGUAUUCCAGAAAUAGAGGUUUUGGGAGAUACUCAGGUGAAUGUGCAGGGUGGCAGUAACUUAAAUGGAGACUGGUCCCAAUAUACACCGGGGCAGAUGAGGACGCCCAGAACAACUAUCUUGAGAAAACUGCCACAGAGUUCUGUUGAUAUUGACGAAAAUGGUUCCUUUGUUUUAAAUUUAGAAGGGUUUCUGAGUGCAGAUGGAGGCCGUUGGUGUUCGAUGAGUCAGACCAUACAGGAGGCCCAAAUCCUCCGUGAAGCCAAUAUUGAGAUGAAGGCCGUUGGGGUUCGAUGAGUCGGACCAUACAGGAGGCCCAAAUCCUCCGUGAAGCCAACAUUGAGAUAUAGGCCGUUGGUGU